AUCGCCUGCACAAUACCAGCAGCGACAUAAAGAGAAACCAGACAGGUGGACAGAAUGGACAGCACAACUUCAACCUCGCAUAUAGACAGAAAUCCCGUGGUUUUCUUUGAUAUAGCCUUAGGAGCUACAAAAGCACGUCCAUUUAAAAACUGGAAAUGAGGUCCAUCAAUAUGUCGAUUGGCUGGUGUUGUGCUGCUACUGGUUCAUACAGUAUUAAAGCUUGCACUAUGCAACGAAUUGAAUACUAAAUGGAUAGUAACUGAGAUAUCACUGUGACAGGCGAGCCUCUAGGUCGUAUAAAGAUGGAACUAUUUGCCGAUGUUACGCCCCGAACAGCAGAGAACUUCCGCCAGUUCUGUACGGGAGAAAGUAAAAAUGCACAGGGACGACCGCAGGGAUACAAGAAUAGCAGAUUCCAUCGAGUAAUCAAAGACUUCAUGAUCCAAGGUGGCGACUUCGUCAAUGGAGAUGGGACGGGAUCUUGUACCAUUUACGGUACUCCAAGGUUCUCGGAUGAAAAUUUCCUAUUGAAGCAUGAUCAUGCUGGCCUACUUAGUAUGGCAAACUCUGGUCCGAACACAAAUGGGUGUCAGUUUUUCAUUACAACAACUGCAACCCCAUUUUUGAAUGGCAAGCAUGUUGUUUUUGGUAAGGUGGUUGAAGGGAUGGAUGUCGUGCGGAUGAUUGAGAACACCAGAACGACGCGAGAUAAGCCCAACCAAGAUGUUCUGAUUGUGCAAUGUGGGGAGAUGUGACACAAUGAUCGAAGGAUGUUUUAGCAUCAAGCCAGUGGCAUGAUAUUUUCCAUUUAUGUUAUACAGAGAUAAAAAGAAAAGAGCCAUAAGCAUUAAAC